GAUGAAACAAGCUUUAUCCAAUAAAUAAAACAGGAUUCUCGAAAACUCAGAACUCGAUUCUGAUUAGUAGAAUGGGACUUUUUUAUAAGGAGGUCGAUCUGUUACAGUCUCUUAGGUGCUAUUCGAUCUUGAGGGUGAAAUCCAAGAGUUCUAUAUGGAUUUAGAUGAAUGUCAAAUGUAUAUUUUUAAUGUUAAAAAUAAAUAAUGUCUUCCACUUUAAAAAGGUUGGGUAUUGAAUUUAAGGAGUUGCCAUAAUCACAAGUAGAUGAAGCAAUCUAUUCUAUUCAAUCAAUGAGAUUGGAAUAAAUUUUAAUAUCAGAAGGAGAGAUAUUUGAUUGGCAAAAUCUUUUGAAUCGUCCUGAUUUAGUAAGCUUAAAGUAUCCUGAAAAACUAGGGACUUUGAUAAUGUAGGACGAAAAGCAAUCAAGUAGAUCUUUCUUUAUUUUUGAUAUCAAUAGUCCAUUAAGGAUUAAAGUUAUUGCUACCAUAAAAUCAAAGUAUAUAUAUUUGUGCUCUAAUAAAGGAUAUAUCAGUAAAUAUUUCUGAUUGUAGCAAUCAUUGGGAUUGUACCUUUUUGUAUGGAGGACUCUAGAAUAAGCGCAGGAAUAGAAAUAAUUGUCAAUAUCAUAUUAGGAAUAGAUAUCAUUUUAAAAUCAAUAGCAAGUGGGUUUAUUUUAAGCAAGAAAUCAUACUUGAAGAACAUUUGGAACUUAUUGAAUUUUGUGGCAUUUCUCUUUACUUGGUGUUUGUUUUUGGAUGAUUCGCAGAUUUCAUAAAUAAUAAAAGCAAUAAGGUUCUUGAGAAUUUUCAGAUUUAUAGAGGAAGUCUCAAUUUUAAAGAUUUAAUUUAAUGCUUAUGUUGGCAGCUUUUUAAGAGUAAAAUAAGUCUUGAUUCCAAUUUUUUUAGUAAUGAUCUAUUUUUCAAUAAUUGGCUUGCACUUAUUUAUAGGUUUAACGGAAAGAAGAUGUAGAUUGACACAAUAUCCAGUAGAUAAUGAGUGGAUAGCUGAUCCAAAUAUAUAAAAGUUAUGUGGUAUAUGGGAAUGUCCAGAAAAUACUUUUUGUGGAAGUCUUUUGGAUUAUGAUCUGCCAAGAAAUGAAACUGAAAAUGAUAUAGAAGCAUUUACUUGGAAUUUUACCAGAUUUGAUAAUUUUUUUAAUUCCUUAUUAGUUGUUUUUACAUUUUUAAAUGUGACUGGCUGGUCCGGAACAACGUUUAUGGUAAACAUUUAUGAAAUUUUAGUUUUGGAAAGCUAUGACAACGUAUGUAACUGCAACUUACUUUUUAAUUAUGAUUCUAUUGAUGGCUUUUAUUCUCUCCAAUUUGCUUUUAGCUUUGUUUUAUGAAUCCUUUAUGGAGAAAUCUUCAAUUAAAAAUACAUAAAAGAAGUUGAAAUAAGAGUAAUAAUAGAUUGAGGAAGAGAUAAAGAAAAAAAAUCAAUAAUAGUUAAUAAAUCGUCUUAGUGUUAUUAGUAAGCAAAAAGAAAAAGGAAAUUAGGCUUCUAAUUUUAACAUCUAUUUUACGGAAGAAUAAAACGUAAAUAUUAAGGAUGUUAAACAGGAAUUGUUUAUUAAUAAACUUUUAAACUCUCCAAAAAUUUUAGUGAUUAAUACUUUAUUUAUCUUUCUUUCUGCCUUUGUUAUUGCCUAUGAUUACGAUGGUAUUCCAUAAAUUUUGAAUUAGAAGUUAUAGUUAAUUGAUUUUAUUUGCAUUCUUUAUACAUUUUUAGAGAUUGCAAUAUAAUUUUGUGGGAAAGGAAUUUAAAGUUUUUUUUCAAAGAGAAUUAAUGUUUUUGACUUUUUGAUAAUCUUAACCCAAUGGUUUUUAAUUUUCUAUUUAGUCACCUUUAAUUAACCGCUAAUAUAUAAUGAUGAUAAAGAAAUCGUUUUUAUAAAAUCUCUUAAAAUCUUGAGAAUAUUGAAAUCAUUAUUUUUUGCCAAAGUCUUUUAUACUAUUGCAGUAUUGAUAAGAUCCUUGAUCAGUACUUUAAUUGCUCUAAAGAAAAUACUUUUCUUAUGGAUUUGUCUAAUAUUUUUAAUGUCCAUCUUUGGCAAACACUUAUUGUAAAACCAAAUGUCUGAAAAAAACAUGACAAUAUAUUAUAAUGACUUAGGCUCUGCAAUAAUGGCAGUAGUCAAUAUAUUUUAUAAUGAAGAGUGGCACAUUACUAUGUAUAAAUAUGGUAGACACACUGAAGCAUCAAUUGUGUUUUAUAUUAUUUGUGUGAUUUUUGGGUAAAUAUUCUUUAUUAGAUUACUAACAGCUGUCUUUUUAAAUGAAUUCAGCUAGCAUAUCGAAAGUGUUUAGACAAGUUUAAAACCGAUAGAUUAUAAGAAGCUAUUUUCAACAAAGAAAACGUAGGUAUGAUUUUAUUCAAUAGUCAUAGAUUGAGAACCAAGAAUCGAAAUUGUAGUAAUACAUAGUGAAAUAAGAAAGAAAUGAGAAAAAGAAGGAAUCUGUAUAUUUAAAAGAAUUAAAGGUAAUAGGGCAAAGGAAGAAAUCAAAUUCAAUGAUAAAUUAAUUGCAAGGACAGGCUUCGUUUUAGAAUCUUGAUGAAUUUUUGAACCUUUGUUAAGACAAUUAAUAACAAGAAAGCAAAUUAUAAGUAAUUAAAUCUGACAUUGUUGUUAAACAAUAAGAAUUCUAGAACAAAACAUUGUUUAUAUUUUCUGAAAAAAACCCACUUAGGCUUCGUGUUAAGUCCUUAAUUGAGAAUUUACCAUUUAGAGUGUUCCUAAUUGUUUUGGUCUUGAUUUGUGUAAUCAGAACUAUGUUGCUCACUCCAUUCUUAAAUCCUGAAUCCAAUUUGUUUGAAGUUUUAAGAAUAAUCCAUACUGUCAAUACCUUUUUAUUUUGCAUUCAAAUCUGUUUAAACAUUAUUUCUGAUGGUUUAUUCAUUGGAGAGGAUUCAUAUUUGCAAAAAUCACCUUACAAUGCACUAAAUUUCAUAAUUACAACAAUAGACAUUGUGGCUAUCUUCAAUUAUAAUCAAUUGAUCUUUAAUCUUUUUUCAAGUUUGAGGAUUUUAGAAUUCAUAAGAAUAGGGGCAGAAUUAAAUUAGAACAUCAAUUAUGUUUCUUAAGCUUUAAUGAAAGCCUUUUUGACAAUGAUUCAAUUAAGUAUAUUUUGUUUUGUAAUUCUCCUUGUAUAUGGAAUAUUUGCAACAAAGUUAUUGAAGGGUGGUCUAUAUUAUUGUUCAAUAUCAAGUGAAUUACAAUACAAAGUAAAGGAUAAAUGGGAUUGCAUGGAUAAUGGUGGUUCAUGGAUAAAUAAAAUAUUGGGAUUUGAUAAUGUACUUGAUAGUGCUUUAACUUUGUUUGUAACUGCAACUACAGAGGCGUGGCUUCCAAUCCUAAUAGAUACAUGGAGUUCAAGAGGUAAAGACCUUGCUCCAAUUAACAACCAUAAUAGAUGGUGGGCUGUAUAUUUUUAAGUGUUUUUCUUUAUCGGAAAUAUCUGUAUGCUCAAUAUGUUUAUCAGUUUGGUUGUAAAUACAUAUUAGGAAACAAAAAUAAAGGCUUAAGGUAUGUCAGAAUUAAAUGGCAACCAAAGAGAGUGGUUACAAAUUAAAAACAGUAUACAUUACCUUACUCCCAGGGUUAAUUAUGAGUUACCAAAGAACAAGGUAAUGAAGUUAUUUUAUUUUAUUGCAGAGAGUAAGAAACUGAAAUACUUUUGGCAUUCCAUCAUUGCCUUAAAUACAAUCAUACUAUCAUUAUUUUAUACGAGACAAAAUAAGAUAUUUAGAAAUAUCUUAAUAGAAUUUAAUCAAUAUUGCAUUUUGAUAUCUGCAGUUGAAAUAACUGUUAGAUUCAUUGUAAAACAGUGGCAAAAAAGAGAUGUAUUUUUAAUCAUAGAUUUUUUUGGAAUCAUUUUUAAUCUUUUUGAUUUAUUCAUCCUUCAGGAACUUUCUGACAAUUUUUAUGUUCUGAGAACUUGCACAGCAAUAUCAGUAGCAUUUUAAUUAUUAAGAAACUACUAUAUAAUUAGGUAAUUAUCUAUAUAUUUUUAGGCGCUUCCCAGAACUAGAGAAACUAUUUAAUACAAUAUUUUCAGUCAUUCCUUCUGCUUUAUCCAUGAUAUUUAUAAUGGCUUUGUUUCUUUUUAUCUAUGCCUCUUUAGGGAUGGAUCUAUUAGGUUAUUUGAGACCAUAGAACUAUAUUGAAGGGUUUGAUCUUCAUUUUAGAAAAUUUACAACAGCUAUGUUCUCAUUAAUCAGAGUAGCAAGUUCAGAAUAAUGGUGGGCCUUGUUGGUUGAUUCGGUUCACAAAAGAACACCAGAUUUUGCAUGUAUUUACAUUAAGGACUAUUAUGAUUACUAAGAACAUGGUUUUAAUGGAUGUGGAACGUAUUGGGCAUAUGCUUACUAUAUUAGUUUCCAUCUUCUUUUUUCGUUAGUCAUACUCAAUUUAUUUAUAGCCUCAAUACUUGGUGCAUAUGAAGAACAUGUGAAAUCAGAAUAGAGCGCUAUAUCUAAAUAUUAAUUACAUGACGUAUUGAACUAUUGGGCUUAAUAUGAUCCCAAAGGAACUGGGUUUCUGAAUUACAAGUAGUUUUGGAAGUUAUCUUCGGAAAUAGCAAUUUGUUUUGGAGUCCCAGUUAAGGAACUUUUGGAUCCUGCCAACAAAACCAAUUUCCUGAGGGCUUUAAACAUCCCACUUUAUGAAGAUGAGCAGGGGCUAAUGGGAUAUCUAUUUCAUGAUGUAAUAGUUAGUUUGACUAAACUGUCUGUUGAGUUAAAAUAUGGAGUAAAAGAGUAUAAAUUUAAAUCAUAUUAGUUUGGAGUCGAGUUCAUAUAAAGGUAAGGACUUCCUCCAUGAUUACUAUAAAUUCUUUAAGAAAACACCAUAUUAUAGUGGCUAGAUGUCUAGUAUUAUUUUCAUCUAAGGAAAAAUCAGAACAAUAAGGAAUAGGAAGAAGGGAAUUAAAUUUCUGAAUAUCGAAGCACUUAAGCAGGAACUUUAGAAUCAAAAUGAGGCUGAAAGAAAUGCAUAAUAUAAUGAAAAUUGA